AUGACCAUAUCCCCAGUAGCGCAUCGGCCGGCGACUCCGGUGAUAAAGCUCAACGUUUGGGUUGCGUUCCCCAAGGGGUCUGAGCCUUAUAUCCUGCACCAACAAGGCGGCCGCGCUAGCGUGUGCGUCGGUCCCGCCGCGGCCGACAGACCCCGCCCGGGGCCCAAUGAGGCUCGCUCAGACCGACCCGACAUCGGGCACGCGGCAACGCAGACAGAUCCCCCGACGCAGAUUGAAGUUUUCCCAGACCGGCCCGGCGUUGUGUGCGCAACGGCGCAGGCUGGUCCCCCGGCACAGACGGACGCCCAAGAUGGCGGGAACGCCGACCGCCCACAAGCUUGCGCCCUGCAGGAGUACCAGUUGACGCCCAAACAACUCAAAUUCUUGCGCAUUAAACCCCCUUGCAGCUGCCGUAACAGGCGUGCCCCUAACAGACCCGGCCCCGACAACCUUGACCCUCAAAGUCGAGUCCUCGAGCGGGGUGUGUCCCGUCCUGUCCCCAAUACGUCCACCAAGCAGGAAGACAUGGCGGAGUGUCUAUUCGCCGUACUUGUGGGCACCACUGCUUCCUCGGUUACUGUUUGUUUUCUGUCUCUGUGUGGUAUCUGCAAGCCGGAGUCCAAGUUAAAGAUCGGACUGGUCCUUGGCCUUCUGUUCUCCGUUGUCCUUGUGAAUUUAUCAUUGUAUUGCGAGGACGAAUCGCCCUUUUUGCGCACGGGGCAUAUCUGUCGGCGCUGCCGUGGGGUCACCGUGGCUGGUCGAAUGCACCUGAGCUCUCUAAGGAAGAGCAAGUCUAAAUGA